ACAGCGCUUGAGCGGCGAUUGGCAAGCGUCGUAGCGGGCAAGAUGGACUUUAUCGAGUCGCUGGCCAAGCAGGCGUCCCAGAUAACGAUGUACGACGUCAAGUCGAUGUACAAUCAGGCCAAGAAUGUCGUCCUCAACUACACAGAAAUGGAAGCCAAAGUGAGGGAGGCAACCAACGACGAUCCCUGGGGAGCCUCGUCGACCUCAAUGACAGAGAUAGCCCAAGCGACGAAUGACUACGCGCUGUUCAACGAGAUUAUGCCGACGAUAUACUCGCGCUUUACCGAGAAAGAAGCACAUCAAUGGCGUCAGAUCUACAAGGCGCUUCAGUUGCUCGAGUAUCUCGUCAAGCACGGAUCAGAACGCGUCGUCGAUGAUGCGCGCACACAUGUCGCGAUGAUCAAGAUCCUCCGCAACUUUCACUACAUAGACGAAAAGGGCAAGGACCAAGGGAUCAAUGUUCGCAAUAGGUCCAAAGAGCUGGCAGACCUCCUCUCAGACAUAGACAGGGUCCGCCAAGAACGCAGAAAAGCUCGCGCUGCCAAGACAAAGUAUGCCGGCACAGGCAACAGUAGCAAUGGCCCAUCUUUCACGACCGCCAGUGGAAGCAAAUACGGUGGAUUUGGCAGCGACUCCUACACAGGACCAUCGUCAUCACGAUGGGACGAGCCAGUGACGCAUAGCUACAACGAUGCAGCCUCGACUGCGAAAAGACAAGACAAGGAUUGGGAGGAGUAUGACGAAGGUGAAGACGAUCGUGCGCCAGCUCGGUCUUCAUCUACCCACACGACCACCACUGCGGCAAAGGCAAAGACAGCUACACCCGCGAAACCUGCACCUGUCAAAGAAGUCGACCUCUUUGAUUUUGGCGAUGAUGAGCCUGCGCCGGCGCUCGCGCCGGCCGCAGCCGCGACGAUUGCAGACGACGACUUUGACGACUUCCAGAGCGCUCCCGUCUCUCCGCCUGUGCCCGCAGCCAUGCCGGCCCCUGCGCAACCUCAGGCCGCAUCGCGUCCGCAGGCAGCCAAGCCUACCUUCUUCGAUAUGAUGAACCAAUCGCCUGUCAAAAGCCAGCCUGCCGCUGCUUCGCCUGCGCCCACAAUGACGCCCUUGCGCGCAUCUCCCGCUUCUGCUGUCUCGCCUCUUCCUGCACAGCAACGAGCCCAAUCAGCUCUGGCGCCUCAACCGAUGAUGCAGCCCAUGACCGCCCGACCUUCUACGGCCGCACCGAUGACGGCCAAGCCCAAUUAUAUGGCCGCAGCUGCGCCGAUGCCCUCGUACGGCAACGGUGCGCCGACCUAUCGCUCGUCUAGCCAGCUCCAAGCGACCGCACAGGCAAGUCUGCCCGCAUCGACCAAGGCAGACGCAUUUGACGAUCUACUCGACUUCAUGGGCUCAUCAAGUAAGAAGCCAACUGGCAGCAAUCAGACGAGUAUGGCCUCUCUCGCAGCACAAAAGUCAUCGAGCAGCAUUUGGCAGAGCUCGGGCGGCUCUACUGGUAACAACAGCUCGCUAUUCUAGCGCUUCGGAAAUGUGCUUGUACAGAUAUGCAUCGUGACUCACACUGGUCCUUCGAAGACUUCGUCAAACCACGUCUUUGCCUUGCCUUGCCAGAACCGCUUCCGUCUCGCACUUCCGCCGAAGAAGAUUGCAGGCAAGAUCAGGAUGUCGUGUGCGCCAGCUUUGAAGCUCACGCUCGUUACGUCGACGCCGCAGUUUUUCAUCCGUUCCUUAAGCCGCAUGAUCUCUGCGUGAAGGACUUCUGCUUUGGCGCUAUGUAUGAACGUUUUGGGGAAUUCGCUGAAUAGCGUUUCAAGCUCGUCGGACGUGAGAUUUUGGGAAGCAGGCGAGACAUAAGGACUCGAGACGAUCAACGGCGAAUUAGCCGCACCGACGAAAUUGUUGAUGCAAUACUUGCCCGCAGUGUUCAUGUCGAUAAUGUCUUCCGCGUAGCCGAAUCCGGAGGGCU